GCGGGGGGAACUUAAAACCGUCUGGUUGGACGAUGCGAGUCGCACAAAAGAAAAAGUCAUUCAGUCUCUUUCAGAAAAGUAACAGUUCAACUCGAAGUGGUGCUACAGCCGAGCUUUGACAAGACUUUUGCGUCAAACUCAUGCACACCAUGCGUAUUUAAAGAGAAAGAACUCGACUGCGCUUGUUUUUUUUUUUAUCUCAGUUUGAUUAACUUUGGAAACUGUUGAGCAGGAAUGAAUUUGCGAAGGACGAUCGGCUUCUUCGCUCUGCUGCUGGGACGUUUUCUGGUGUCAGCGCAGUAUCAGGGCGAAAAUGGGAUUGCAGUCCCGGACCACGGCUUUUGCCAGCCUAUCUCCAUCCCCUUGUGCACGGACAUUGCUUACAACCAAACCAUAAUGCCAAAUCUGGUCGGACAUUAUAAUCAAGAGGACGCCGGCUUGGAAGUACACCAGUUUUACCCUCUGGUUAAGGUACAGUGUUCCCCAGAACUGAAAUUCUUCUUAUGUUCAAUGUACGCGCCGGUGUGCACUGUCCUUGAAAAGGCCAUUCCUCCUUGCCGGUCCAUUUGCGAGCGGGCCAAACAAGGCUGCGAGGCCCUUAUGAAUAAAUUUGGCUUCCAGUGGCCUGAAAGACUGAGAUGCGAAAACUUUCCAGUUCUCGGCGGUGGGCAUAUUUGCGUGGGGCAAAAUGAUUCCACCGUGACCGCGCCGCCCGUCCACAUCCCUGCGCCGGGCACGCCCGGCGUGCUCCUGUAUUCCACCCCAGACAGACCCUUCCGGUGUCCCACCGUCCUCAAGGUACCGUCGUAUUUAAAUUAUAGGUUUUUGGGGGAGGCAGACUGCGCGGCCCCUUGCGAGCCAUCCAGGAGCAGCGGAGGUUACAUGUUCUUCAAUCAGAAGGAAAUCCAAUUCGCCCGAGUUUGGAUUCUCAUCUGGUCGGUCUUGUGUUGCGCCUCCACCUUGUUCACUGUGACGACUUACCUGGUGGACAUGCAGCGUUUCAAGUACCCAGAGCGACCUAUUAUCUUCCUGUCUGGCUGCUACACCAUGGUAUCCAUAGCCUACAUAGCCGGAUUUUUCCUGGGGGACAAAGUCGUGUGCAACGAGAGCUUCAGCGCCGAUGGAUACAAAACUGUGGUCCAGGGGACUAAAAAGGAAGGCUGCACUAUUCUUUUCAUGAUGCUCUACUUCUUCAGCAUGGCCAGCUCCAUCUGGUGGGUCAUCCUGUCCCUCACCUGGUUCCUAGCAGCUGUCAUGAAGUGGGGUCAUGAGGCCAUCGAGGCUAACUCCCAGUACUUCCACUUGGCGGCGUGGGCCGUGCCGGCCGUCAAGACCAUCAGCAUCCUGGCCAUGGGGCAGAUAGACGGGGACACGCUGAGCGGAGUCUGUUUCGUGGGCAUCAACAGCCUGGACCCGUUACGCGGCUUCGUGCUGGCGCCCCUCUUCGUCUACCUCUUCAUCGGCACCUCCUUCCUGCUGGCCGGCUUCGUCUCGCUCUUCCGCAUCCGCACCAUCAUGAAGCACGACGGCACCAAGACGGAGAAGCUGGAGCGGCUGAUGGUGCGCAUCGGCGUCUUCAGCGUGCUCUACACCGUGCCGGCCACCAUCGUCAUCGCCUGCUUCUUCUACGAGCAGGCCUUCCGCGAGCAGUGGGAGCUGAGCUGGAUAAGCCAGAACUGCAAAGGGCUGGCCAUCCCCUGUCCUAUGCACUACGCGCCGCGCAUGAUGCCGGAUUUCACGGUCUACAUGAUCAAAUACCUCAUGACUCUGAUCGUGGGCAUCACCUCUGGGUUCUGGAUCUGGUCCGGCAAGACUCUGCAUUCGUGGCGCAAGUUCUACACGAGGCUGACUAACAGCAGACAAGGCGAGACCACGGUGUGAUCUACUGGAGCAAUUUUAGUGUUGUGUUUUUUUUGUUGUUUGUUUGUUUGUUUACUAGAAUGGUACCUAAUUUUCUGCCAGGGACUUUUUUUUUAAAAUCUUUUUUAUUAUUAUUAUUUUAGUUUUUAAUGCCCAUGCUACUAGCCAAACUGGAGACCAGGACUCGGUCAACUGGCGUUGCAAGAACCAACCAAUCCGAAACCAACGCGGUUGGUUAGCUGGUCGUGUGCCAUUAGUCCUCUCCACCAUUUUCUCUUUUUUUUAAAAAAAAAAGGGAAACCAGCAAUAAACCUCUAAGUGAGAGACCAGAUGGGUAUUCUCAGAAAAGGAGGGGUACGACCGAGAGGAAGGUCGUUUACACCAGCUUUGCUUUGAAUCUGUUAAAUUGUUAGUUGUGUAAUUAAUGUGCUGUAAAUAGAAUUUGUAAAAAAUAUAUAUAAAUAUAAUUAUAUAUUUGUAUUUAAAGAAAGGAUGCUCCCCCCCCCCCCCCAACAGUCUUCCAGCUUGGCAGACAUGUAUUUCUUUUAAAAUGGAGCCAUAGACUCUCUCGAUGUUGUUUUCAUUGGCAGCCUGUGACGGGAUGCAGUUAAACUUUUCUGUCAAACUGAGAUCUGUAAUCAUUUUUUCCUUAUGUACUAGAUUAAGGAAACUGUUUUAUAUUAAAGACAGUCUUUGGAUGUAAA